CCGCCGCCUCCUCGUCCUCCUCCUCCUCCUUCGCCGGGGUCCCCCCGUUGCCCCCCGGGCCCGGCCCCAGAAGAAUGUCCACCCCGACCCGCCUGAAAAAGGACAAAGAGAUCAUCGCCGAGUAUGAGGGGCAAGUCAAAGAAAUUCGAGCUCAGCUGAUAGAGCAGCAAAAAUGUUUGGAGCAGCAGACUGAGAUGAGGGUGCAACUUCUCCAGGACCUACAAGAUUUCUUCCGCAAAAAAGCAGAAAUCGAGACUGAAUAUUCCCGCAACCUAGAAAAAUUAGCCGAGAGGUUCAUGGCGAAAACCAGAAGCACAAAAGAUCAUCAGCAGUACAAGAAAGACCAGAAUCUCCUGUCUCCAGUGAACUGCUGGUAUUUACUCCUGAACCAAGUGAGAAGAGAAAGCAAAGACCAUGCAACGUUGAGUGAUAUCUAUCUGAACAAUGUGAUUAUGCGCUUCAUGCAGAUCAGUGAAGAUUCCACCAGAAUGUUUAAAAAGAGCAAAGAAAUUGCAUUCCAGCUUCAUGAAGAUUUAAUGAAAGUUCUUAAUGAGCUCUAUACGGUCAUGAAGACGUACCACAUGUAUCACGCGGAGAGCAUCAGCGCAGAGAGCAAGCUGAAAGAGGCUGAGAAACAAGAGGAGAAGCAGAUUGGAAGGUCAGGUGACCCCGUCUUUCACAUUCGCCUGGAAGAGAGGCACCAGAGGCGGAGUUCUGUGAAGAAGAUCGAGAAGAUGAAGGAAAAGCGCCAAGCCAAGUACUCUGAGAACAAGCUGAAAUCUAUUAAGGCCCGGAACGAGUAUCUUCUAACACUUGAAGCAACCAACGCCUCGGUUUUCAAGUAUUAUAUUCACGACCUUUCCGAUCUGAUUGAUUGUUGCGAUCUCGGAUACCAUGCCAGCCUGAAUCGAGCACUGAGAACAUACCUCUCAGCUGAGUACAACCUGGAGACCUCAAGGCACGAGGGCCUGGACAUCAUCGAGAAUGCCGUCGACAACUUAGAGCCCCGGAGUGACAAGCAAAGAUUCAUGGAGAUGUUCCCCGCCGCCUUCUGCCCCCCAAUGAAAUUUGAGUUCCAGUCCCACAUGGGCGAUGAGGUAUGCCAGGUGAGCGCCCAGCAGCCCGUCCAGGGAGACCUGAUGCUCAGGUCGCAGCAGCUGCAGUCACGACUGGCCACGCUCAAAAUUGAGAACGAGGAGGUGAAAAAAACAACGGAAGCCACCCUUCAGACCAUCCAAGACAUGGUCACCAUCGAGGACUAUGAUGUGUCCGAAUGCUUCCAACACAGCCGCUCCACAGAGUCUGUGAAGUCCACCGUCUCCGAGACGUAUCUGAGCAAACCCAGCAUAGCCAAAAGAAGAGCUAACCAGCAGGAAACGGAGCAAUUCUACUUUAUGAAAUUCAGAGAAUAUCUGGAAGGGAGUAAUCUCAUCACAAAGCUUCAAGCAAAACAUGACUUACUCCAGAGGACACUUGGAGAAGGUCAUAGAGCUGAAUACAUGACCACCAGGCCUCCAAACGUCCCCCCUAAACCCCAGAAACACAAGAAGCCCCGACCCCGAUCACAAUGUAUUGCUAAGUUGUUUAAUGGGGAUUUGGAAACAUUCAUCAAGGAUUCAGGGCAGGUCAUCCCCCUCAUAGUGGAAAGUUGCAUCAGAUUCAUCAAUCUAUAUGGUCUCCAGCAUCAGGGGAUUUUCAGAAUAUCUGGUUCCCAGGUGGAAAUCAAUGAUAUUAAAAAUUCAUUCGAGAGAGGAGAAAACCCUCUAGCGGAUGACCAGAGUAACCACGACAUUAAUUCAGUUGCCGGAGUGCUGAAGCUUUAUUUCCGCGGGCUGGAAAACCCCCUCUUUCCUAAGGAAAGAUUUAAUGAUCUUAUUUCUUGUAUCAGAAUAGAUAAUCUCUAUGAGAGAGCUCUCCACAUCCGGAAACUGCUGCUCACCGUGCCCAGAUCGGUUCUGAUCGUGAUGAGGUAUCUCUUCUCUUUCCUCAACCACCUGUCUCAGUAUAGCGAUGAAAACAUGAUGGACCCCUAUAAUUUGGCCAUUUGUUUUGGUCCAACCCUGAUGCCGGUUCCAGACAUCCAAGACCAGGUUUCCUGCCAGGCUCAUGUGAAUGAAAUCAUCAAAACCAUCAUUAUCCACCACGAGAUUAUUUUCCCAGAUGCUAAAGAGCUGGAUGGCCCAGUCUAUGAGAAGUGCAUGGCAGGAGACGACUACUGCGACAGCCCCUACAGUGAGCACGGGACGUUAGAAGAAGUGGAUCAGGAUGCUGGGACAGAGCCCCACACCAGUGAGGAUGAAUGCGAGCCGAUAGAAGCCAUCGCCAAGUUUGACUACGUCGGAAGGUCCGGCCGAGAACUGUCCUUCAAGAAAGGAGCCUCCUUGCUUUUAUAUCAUCGCGCGUCUGAGGAUUGGUGGGAAGGAAGGCAUAAUGGAAUUGACGGCCUUGUGCCUCACCAGUAUAUUGUGGUGCAGGAUAUGGACGACACCUUCUCUGACACACUGAGUCAGAAAGCGGACAGCGAAGCCAGCAGCGGACCGAUCGCAGAUGACAAGUCUUCGUCCAAGGACAUGAACUCUCCGACUGAGCGCCACCCCGACGUGUAUUUAGCCAGACAAAGAAAACGGGGCGAGCCACCCCCUACCGCAAGGCGUCCUGGCCGGCCCAGCGACGGCCACUGCCCCAUCCACCCGCCGCACUCCCUGUCCAACUCAUCGGCCGACCUGGCCGGGCACUGCAGCCCCCGAGCGCUGCUGCAGAACCGCAGCCUCAACAGCGACAGCCCCGAGAGGAGGCGGAGGCCGGCCCACGGCAGCAGCCUCACCAACAUCAGUCGCCAUGACUCCCUGAAGAAGAUCGACAGCCCGCCCAUACGAAGGUCCACCUCCUCCGGCCAGUACCCGGGCUUCAACGACCACAAGCCGCUGGACCCCGAGACCAUUGCUCAGGAUAUUGAGGAGACGAUGAACACGGCUCUGAACGAACUGCGCGAGCUGGAGAGGCAGAGUUCGGCUAAGCAUGCCCCGGAUGUGGUGUUGGACACCUUGGAGCAAGUGAAGAACAGCCCGGGACCCGCUGUGCCCCCGCCCGAGGCCCUGAUCCCCCUCCAUGGUGGCGGCGGCGGCAGCGGUGGUGGGGGACCCCGGGUCGGUGACCCCCAGAUCCGCCGGAGCGCCAGCUCUUCAGGCGACGCCAUGAGUACGUUCAAGCCCACUGUGGCGCCCAGGAUGGGGGUACACCUCAAGCCCCCGGCACUUAGGCCCAAACCCAUCGUUCUUCCAAAAACGAACCCCACCCUGGGACCCGCACCUCCACCUCAGGGCCCCACAGACAAGUCUUGCACAAUGUAGGCCCCGGCCCGGCCCCGGAGGAGAAGCAGGAGGAGGAGGAGGAGGAGGGGGCCGCGGAGUCGAGGAAGGAACGGAGCCAGGGGCGGCUCAGAGAUCUCCCAGCGGCCAGUAGUUUCUGUCUAGAACUGGAGAUACUUUGGCUUUUCUAUGUUCUUGAAUGUAAUGUCUGAGACUAGCUACGUUAACGUGGGCAUUUGUAUUUUGUAUUUUUUGGUUCGUUUUUCAAAAAGGAAAAAAAAAUACCGGACAUUCCGACGUGUCGUUUGGAAGGCGAUAGAAAAAGCGUAGACUUACUUGAAGACUCGAUGCUGCACCAUUUGUAAUAAAAGCAAAACAGAUCACAAAAUGGCUUCCCCCCAUUGUACAGUACUUCACAGUCGUAGCGGAACGG